CUUUGCAUUAUCAGUUGGAGAAGUUUCGGAGUCUCGCGUCCUUGAAAGGAAAAAAGUCCAAACUCUGGUGCAUCUUGACGAAGGAGCCAGGAAAUGGCGUAUAAGAUAAACGUAGAACUUUUGAUAACGCAGCCACUUCUUUGGCCAUUAUCUCCGACGUUACCUUCGAGCUCGACCAUUGGAUUUAUUUUAUUGCCGACGAAAGUUUAUAAGAGAGAGUCGACUUUUAGCGAGAUUUCCUUUCUUUCUUUUCAUCCUUGUAAUAAUACUCAUUCUUAUUUCAAAGCUUUAUAACCUUUGAUAUCAUACGUUUUAAAGGAGCUUGAUGUACGAGUAUACACAUUUUGUAAAUAAUUUUUUAAUCGUGAUACAUCAUAGUACAAUACGGAAUAUAGUAAUAUAUUAUAAUAUAGAUUAUAAAUGUGUGUAUAAAACAUAUUUAGUAUAGACUAUAAUAUAGCAAUAUAGUGUUAGAUAAGCAAUAGAUUUAUAUGUGUAUAUAUAUAUAUAUAUAGAUCAAAAAAUCAUUUCGUAUAUUGAAAUUAGAAUCAAACUAAAUAUCGUGUCUUCGAGCGUGUCGCAAGGAAAGAUUUGCCCGAUAGGCAUAGAGAUGAAAAAGAAAGAUAGAUGGAUAAAGAGAGUGAUAGAGAGAGAGAGAGAGAGAGAGAGAGAGAGAGAGAGAGAGAAUAUAUAAGCGUAUAUAAACGAUAGGAGGAAAGCAUCGAAUUCGUUUUCAUCCAAAGAUCUUCGAUUCCCCAAGCUCGAAUAGAACGACAGGACACGGUAAACGUUUAUCGUGAAGCAUCUAAAAAGAGAGAAAGGGAGGAAAGAGAGAGAGGAAGGGGGUUAGGGAAGGGCAGAGGACGUUACACGGCGGUCCUCGAAUAUACCUUGUACCCCCUCAUUUUUCGAGCGAUUUGAAAGGACCACUACCUACCUACCUGCAGAGUCUGACCCACGAAAACUACAAAACGCGUUCUCCUCCUCUUCCUCUUCUACUACUUCUUCUUCUUCUUUCUUUUUCCAUCUUUCUUUCAGCAUCUUUCUCUACUCUCUCUCUCUCUCUCUCUCUCUCUCUCUCUCUCUCUCCCUCCCUCCCUCCCUCUCUCUUUUUCUUUCUCCUUUCUCAUUCCUCGUCCACCAGCCGCGAACCUUCUUUUUUUUCUGCUCCGUGAUCACGAUCGAGCUUUAGAGGUAUAAUAGAUUUAACAGUUUCCUUCGUAGGAUAUUGGUUUAAAGGGGGUAAAGAAAUUUCUUCUUCGGUUCGUUUCACCUUCUCUAUUCGACCUAGUUCCAAGUAUCACGGCUGGACCAAGUUGAUUUUUCUUCGGAAAUUUGUCGCCGCCGAAGGGCCCUUCGUUUUACGACGUCCCUUUUUCAAGGAUCCCUUGCAAUCUCUCUCUCUCUCUAUCUAUCUAUCCGUUGAACCAAGCAAUAAGAUAGAUGCCGCUCUGGGCAAUUUGAAGAAUCACAGCGUCGUAACUCGAAAAUAGCCGAUUGAUAAUUCAGUGUGGGACUAAUUAAGGCAGCAAGGGUCUUCGAAUCUACAGGCCAAAUUGUUUCCUAACGUUGAGAUUCCCUCUCCCCUUCCACCUCUCUUAGGCUUACCGAUCUCGAAACUAAAUAACCUUGAGGGCCGAGACAGCUCGAAGAGGUCUUUUUGCGAAGGUGGAGUAGAAAAUAACUGACAAAGGUAUUUUGCUAGCUAAUGAGCCGGCGAAUCUGUCGAGGCUUUAACGUAAUCAUUUUUCUGAUAUAUAACAGACAUUUAUUAUUAUUUCAUGUAAGUCAAAUUGCAAAUGAGUUUUGAAAAAUUCAUUGACGUGCAAUUAAUUUUCUUAAUAGAUUUUAGGAAUUAAAAAGAGAAAGGGAAGGAUGUUUCGUAAAAAUUUUAUGAAAUCACUCUCAAGAUAGGUAAUCAAACUACUGGAGGAUUUACUCGUCGAUUUAUCUGAAAGUGCCACUUCGUAGCUACUCCAACGCGAGGAUAACUGUCGUUAUCGUACCGGCUGCUGCUGCUGUUGGCUCUCUUCAGGAUUUUCAGAAUCGUAGAGAGAAAGAGAGAGAGAGAGAGAGAGAGAGAGAGGAGACGUGUAGCCAUGUGUUGCACGCGCGAGAAAUCGGAAAACGCUUCCCGCGACCGUCGACAUAUGGCACGCGGCUAGACUUUAUCUCGAGGAAAAAAUACACUUUCAGAGGCGAGUCUUCUUCCGUGAGUCCUGGAAAUAUUGGACCUGCCGAAGAAAGGUUCCCUCCACCAAUUUCUUUUUUUAUUACUUUAUGAGAAGAGAUAAACUUUCUUUUACCAUACUUUGAUUUUUUUAGAUUGUCCUAUUCGCAUAUGUAAAUAUUUUAAGAAACUUACUAACAUCUAUUAUAAUACUUGUACAACGAAUUGUAUGUAAACUUAAAUUGUUUGUGCCUACUAUUAAGGAGAAAAAUUUCUAGGGAUCGACGAUUUGAUUCGUGAUGCACAAACGCUUUAAACAAGAUGCGAUCACGUAUAGGCGAUAAUUAAACCAACGAUAAGAUAGAAAAAAGAUUAUACGGAAUGGGGGAGGAAGAGAGAAAGUAUCUCGUAGUAGACCGCAAAGGAUCAUAAAGUAAAGAAAAUUUUCUUCGUUUCUCUCCUUCACCCUUGACUAUUACUUAAUUUACAUCUCAGUGGUUACCCACGAGGAUGCUUGCGGUUCAUCCGAAGAUGUUUUUGUAGCUUUCGUGUACUUUACGAGUUGUACGCUCGAGACUUAUCUUUCAACGGCAAUUACUCGUCUCGGCUCCAAGCAGUUUCUAAAACGACUUCGUAUAAAGAAUAAUGGACGUUCGUGCAGGUAUCGGUCAUUAGCUGUUGUACGUUCUAUCGUCGAUGGACCGACGCCAAGAAACACCAAGAAACACGUGCAUGAAAUUAACCACGAAAAUAUCAAAUGCUUCGUGUAUAGUCAUCUCGCGUGCAUACAGUUAAAAAAUAAAAAAUAAGAAAGGACGGGAUAAUAUCGUGCAAAUUACUUUGAUUUUGUCGUAUGAAAAAGAAAAAUUCAACUUUGGCUAUAGACAAAAAAUCCAUUUUUGUGAAGCAUGGAAAUAAUUUAUUAUUUAUCUAACAAGUAGAUAUCGUUUAUUAAUCACGUUUAAUAAAUUUGUUAGAGCUGAAAAAUUCAGCUAACAAAUUAAAAAAUCAGGGAAGAUCGAUGUGUCGUAAAAGAGAAAAAUGGAAAAUUUUUCAGAAGAAUUCAUCCACGGUGAAUUUGAAGAUACUCUAUCCUAGAAACUCAUAAGAUAUAAUCCAAAAGAAAAUAUCAUAAAAUUCGCAUAAAUUGCUCGGAGGCGAUCAUUAUACUUCGCUUUACAACAUUCAUAAUACGUAAAUAACAACGUUGGAGAAUCCUGUGGGGGCGUCUUGAUUCCACCCCAAGCGUUUAGCAUAUUUUAUAAAAGGGGAUAGGAGAAAAAUGAAGUAAAUAGAAAUGAAAAAAAGGAACGAAGACGUGAGGGAGUGAGAGAGAAAGGAUGCUCGCUCUCGCUCUCGAAUUAAAAAUCAAGUAUUAUGAUAUUAGCUUGAGAGAGAAAAGAUGAAGUAGAAAAGGAAGAAGAGGAAAAAGAAGAAGAAGAAGAAGAAGAAGAAGAAGAAGAAAAGCUGGACCAUCGAGCAAUUUUCGGGCAAUUUUGUGGCCGACCGCCUUUCCCGCUGCUCCUCCUCAUCCUCCCCAUCCUUCUCAUGCUCCUUCGAGGCUCACCGAAGGGAAAGGAAAUAAUGACCAACGCCGUCGGCGACCAUAUGGUCGUGCGCAACGAAAUGCUUCGAGCGAGACGCCAAACGUUCUGCCUGUUAAGCAUUGACGUACUCCAGAUACCGCAGCGUCAGCCUCUUCCGGAUGAUCGAUCGAAACGAUCUAGGAAACAAAGAGAAAUACUUCUGUCUUAUUCGAUAUUCUAUAAAUAGAUCGUUCUUGGAAAAUUCGCUUUUGUUGUUUUGUGAAUUUUCUACAAUUUUUGAUCUUGUUUUUUCUCAAGAUUAGAAUAUCGUUUUCACAAGACAGAUCUUUACGAAUUUAUUAACGUUUAUGUACGAGUAAUAUUAUUUUUUGAGACGUUUUAAAAACAGUAGUCGUAAGUAUGAAUAAAUUAUUUGAAGAUUAUCGAUCUAUAAUGUGAUUGCUUUGAUAGAUUUCAGUCAUUUUAUCGAUGACAAGUAGAAAUGUAAUUGAUGAAUCGAUAACAAAAAUUGUAUACAUUUUAUUACUCUUUCACAAAAAGAAUUUUUUUUUUAAUACUUCGUAAACCACACUAAUUUCUCUAAAAGGUAUUCGACUGACGCUAUCUAUCUCUUUUUUUUUUGACUAGUAUAACUCAGAGUGACUUGGAAGCGUUCGAAAAGUGAAAACUCGAGGAUCGUUCUUGGGUGUCAAACAAUUAGGAAGUCCGAAGGUAUGCCGCAACAAAAGAAAGAAGGAGAAUAAGAAAAGCUACUGUAAAUUAAACAACGUGUCUACCCCAACUAUUGACAAAGAGAAAAAAACCAAGAAGGAAAGUUCUUCUUGCCACGAACCCAUGGUUUCGUUCUAGCCACUAUUCGAGAGGGGCAAAGAGAGAAAGAAAACCAUUAGAUUUACAAGGAGGCAACUGUUCAAAAAGAAAAAUUUUAACUUCAGUGGAGAUAGAAAUUUUUGAAUCGUAAAUGAAAAAGGAAAAGACAACGACUUGGGAUUUCGUACGAUUCGUAAAGAGCAAAGUUUAUUUCAAUUAUGAAUACGACCAACAAUUCGUUUGUUAUACAUUAAAUGUUAUACAUUAUGACUUAAAAUUAUUUAUCACUUAAAUAUGAUAGCAUAGAUUUGUAUGGAUUUAUAGAACAGAAUCUUAAAGGCAUUUAGACGAAUCGAAACAAAGUAUUCUUGAGAAAUCCUGUUGCAAUAUAUAUAUAUAUAUAUGUAUGUAUGUAUGUAUGUAUAUAUAGAUACACACACACACAUAAUCUGAGAUGUAGAAGAAUGAGAAGAGAAGGAACCUUGAAAGCAGCAUCCUCUGCCUUCGUCUGGUAAUAAAUCCUGCUUUUGGAGAAUUUGUCAAGUUAGAGGGUAUCGUUGGAUACAGAAGAGAGAAAGAAGAGGACACGUAAAAAGGAUCUUAGAUGUUCAAUAGCGAUUCGGAAAUCUUCUGGUUACCACCUGUCCCCCUCAAGGGAAUCGUUUAGAGAAAAAUUUUCUUUCUUUUUCUAUUCUUCUUCUUUGCUAAAAGUUUUUCAUGGAAGAGAAAAAGAGAGACAGGAUUUAAUGGUAAGAAUGAAAAUUUGUCACCGCGGCACAUUUGACGCGAGAAAAGCGAAGAGAGAGAGAGGGAGGGAGAAAGAGAGGGAGACCGAGCUAUUUUGUAAAAGGACAGAAUUUUCUGCUUUGUUAGAUACUUUUAAAAAGUGAAAGUAGAAGGUAUCGUUCGUGAAAAUGUGCCCAGACAAAUUAUUUUCCUAGGAUUAUCCAUAAUCGAUUUUGCGCCAGCUUUCGUGUCAGUCUUCUGUAAAAAGUUCGUUUUUUUGUUAGGCUGAAACUUUCGAUUAGGUUGAUCGAUAAGUUUCGAUAUUUUCUGCGAAAUUCUUAUUACGUAUUACAACGUUUGUUGAAUUGUUUUUAUGGUUCGUAUAACAAUAAUUUUAUUAAUAUAUUUUUUUUGGAUUGUUGUUAUUUUAAAGUUCAUUCUUUUAUUCGUGGAUUAAAAUUGCAAUGAUAUUUAUCUUCAUCUCUUCGAGGUCUCGUAUUUUGUUGUUAUUCCAAUCUUUUUCUACAUUUCUUUUCUUAAUUUUAUUUUUAUCCAAAAGCAUCGUAGCUAAUAAUCUUCUUUUCCUCGCCGGAUCUUUCUGAAGAAUUCCGACUCGUAGGACGAAAGAAAAUAUUGUUUCUACUUUUAUCUUGAGCACAGAAUAUCCAGUUUCACGCGAGGAAUAGUCGUACGUGGACGGAAGAACAAAAGAGAAGAUCUUCGAGAAGAAAACGCGGACAGAAUUUCAAAUCAUUAAACGGAAAGAGACGAAGAAAGAGAAAGAACAAAUGUCCAGAAGAUUUUUUUCCUUCGAUAUGAUGAGAAAGAAAGAGAAAGAAACUAGAAUGAAAGAAGAUGGACGCGAUCUUACGGAAAACCGAGAGCACGUAAUCCUUCGUGGCGAGGAUUACGAUCGAUAAACAAGAACGCUUACGAGUGGAGGAGACUCGUGAAUACACAGAGGCGGGUCGUGCGAGAGAUCUUACGAGAUGAUAGGAGAGAAAGAAAGGGAGAGGGCGAGAGAGAGAGAGAGAGAGGAAUGCGUGGACAGACAAACCGUUCCGGAUUAUGGAUCCUACGAAAACACCUCACACCUCUCGUUUCUACAACGAAAUCCCUUCAGAGAGGAUUUUGACGGGUCCGAAAAUUCUAAGCAGCACAAACACUUGCAUCGUUUUCGAGCAAACCGAGCGAACAACAAUCUCUCAUGUUUCAUUCAUGUGUGAUAUUAUAAUUGUAUCAUGGAAUUUCUUUUUUUAGUAACGCAUUACGUUUAUGAUUUCGGUUUGGACGGAUUUCAUUCCUAUUUUAUAACGAAAUUUGAUUAAAAACAUUAUUUACUUAAAUGUAGCAUUGGUAAAGAAAUUUUAGACAAUUUUCGAAGAAAUCGUGUCCCAAGAAUCCUUCGUAUAUCAUUCCUAAACGAUAAAUAAUUCAUAUCGCUGUUCUCGAAAUAGAGUGGAUCCUUCGAAGAUCGAUGAGGUGGGCCGUUAUCCUAAAGCUUCGGGAAAUCUCUAUCUAAGUUUAUUGAAUAUAUAGAAUAGAAUCGCAUAGCCCUUUUGCAUAGGGGAUCGAGCGUCUCUAGGGAUUCCCUUUCACGAUCGGGAUAAAUUUCCUCGAAUCACGUGACAACGCGUGCCAGAUACAUUUAUCGUGAACAAUAGGAAUAUUGCAAUCCGAAUAGUAAAUAUUUAAUUUUGGUCUUGAUCAAAAGAUAAAAUCCCGUGUGAAAGAAUGAUUUCGUACUUAUUUAUGUUAACAAUAAAUUUUACAAAUACUCUAUCUUAACUUUCAAUUUGUUCGAAUUAUUGCCUAUAUUUAAAGACGGUACAAGUAACAAGAGUACAGAACGAACAUAGCGUCGACAUUUCUAAUUCUCUUUCUCAUAAAAUUACUAUUGAUUUCAAAAAUACAAAGAGUUAACCAUUAACCAAAUGAUAAUUCCAAGCAAUUCAUAGGAAUAAGUAGAUAGAAAAAAAGAUGGAAGCGCUAACGUGAAACAUCUAACGUGACGGAACAGAGUAGCAGAGUCCAGGUGUGAGAAAAACUCUGGCACAAUAAAAUGUCAUUCUCCAUAGAAGUUUGUAGAUCCAAACUGAGCGCCACCCCUAAACGUAGCCUAGAUGAAUGGAUCUCUAUUCGGUAGGCCUUUUUCUAUUGCCACCGGGCAUAAACCGGCCGUUUCAAAGUCUACGUCUCCUCUCCCUCCUCCCCCUCCCCCUCACUCUCUCUCUCUGUCUUUUCAUAUAGGGAUGAAACUCGGCUCGUUUAACGUCACGUAUAUUUCACCCCACAAUCAGGCAGCGAGACAAAUACCCUUAUUUGUACACAUCCUGUGCAUUGUAACGUAGAACGGAGCACCCAGAGAAUUCGACUUCCGGUUGAAUAUGUAUUUCUAUCCUUUUCUCUCUUCUUCUAUGCUUUCCAAACCUUUAUUUUCGGAAGCUGGGUGGAGCAGAGUAUCCCUGGACCAUUUUAUCGUUCUCUAGAAUUUCGAUCAUUCGAUCUUACGUAUAUCUUUUUUUAUUUUCUUUUUCCUUUCUUUUUUUCAGAAAUUUUCCAAACCCCGGAUGUUAAAUGAGUAUGUAGGCGUUUUUAGAUGCUAAAUUUGCUUAAAUAUUUAAAAUAUGAGAAAACAGACCUUUUCCUGCUUGUCAUCUUAAAAGAAAGAAGUGAGACGAUUAGGGACUAGCUUGCGUUUUAACCGUAGUGAAAUUCUAACAGCUUUCUCCUAGUUUCUAAGGAUUAGCACGUUGAAAGACGACCUUUUUAGCAUUCUAGAACUCUCUCUCUCUCUUUCUAAGUUUGCUUUAGAACUUAUUAUACACACACACACACACACACACACACAUACAUAUAUAUGACGUUUUCGAUGAUUCAGAAUGACUUCGUGUUUCGUAUUUCGUUUGGUUUCUUUGUUACGGGGAAACGAUUUUUGUUGUUGAAAUCAAGAACUUUAAAAGAGAAUAAAAUGCGUAGAAAAAGAAUGAAAAUUAGUAUCGUGAAAUUUGCAGUUUUUUGUUAGGUUUUUACUUUUGUAUCUGGAAGAAAUAAAAUUUCUGGACCAUAUGUUGGAACUUGUAGAUAAUUGUAGGGAGAAACGUAUGUUCAUAGUACGAGGGUAUUAGGAGACUUUUUUCGACUCAUACUGAAGAUAAAUAGGAAAUUAGAUUUAAGAAAAAAAAAGAAAAAAGCAAAAAGGAAAAUGAAUUCCGAUGGUAUGAAAAUAAAAAUUCACGAUAUGUGCCUUAAAAAAGAACGUAUAUUCCAUCAAUAUAUAGUGUUAAAAGGAUACGUAUGAAAAGAGGAAAAAAAAUAAUCUAUAUUAAUAUUGUGUUUGGAAAAAUCAGUUUAGAUUUUUUUUUAAAUUAAACAUUUUCGAAAACGACUUUUACAACAGAGAAUUGCACGUUACUAGUUAAGAAUUCUGUAACAGUUUUAUUCCAGUAGUAUAGGAGGAAAAAAUAAUGUAGCCUUAGGGAGAACAUUGGGAUAGGUACGGUCUGACUGUACAGUACGGUCAACCAUAUGCCGAGGGACGAGUUCAGGCUAGAAAUAAUUAUAAGGGAUGCUAUAGGAGUCUGCGAAGGGUGGGGGAGUGAAAAUGGAAGUAGUGGGGAGGUCGUAGCCUACAUAAGGAAGCUUCCAACGAUGGAAGGGUCGCAGUUGGAUGAAAUUUUUCAAGGGUAUCGUAUCUUCCUAAUCCAAACGUAUUUUUACAGAUUCGUAUCUUUCGAGCUCGCGAUCUCGUUAGAAAUAUACCGAGUGUGAGAUCAAACAAAUUUGUCUCAACAUGGGAAACGUUUCGUGGCUGAUAAUUCUAAGUUUGUGCGCGAGUCUCGUUUAUUGUCUGGACCUUGGUCCGGUCGUCAGGAUCGCACAGUGUAGAUCACAGUGUCUUAGAAGAUAUAGCACCGAUGGAACGUGCGAUUGGUUCUCCAGUCGACCGGAAACCGUUUGCAGCGAGUGCUGGCAAAAUUGCGAGGCCGUGGAAAAACGAUGGGAGGAAACUAGUAAAACUAUUUGCGAAGGCGAUCGCUAUGCUCAAUGUCCAGCUUGCCAGACAGCAUGUACCUACCGAAAAACGAGAGUAGCAGAAAAGUAUAUGCCCUCGAUGUUACCGGCACCAAGGAAGGGUCCGGUAAACUUGGACAAUUUCGACGUGGCCAUAGUUAUGCGAAAGGUACAUAAACAAUGGAAAGACACGGGUUAUUACCCAGGGGGUAGAGUACCGAAUCUCCGACCGGACACUUGGAUCAUCGUUGUCACGGAACAAGGUAUGAAGCAAUACAGUUGGCAAGAGUGGGUGCCCACUUUGGAGAGUUUGAAGGAAGGACUGUUAUACGAGGCUACUGUGUCGUGGAGAGACGUAUCGACUCAGCUGAGAAGGCAACAGGAUCUUGAACAAAAGAGAUUCAACGACAGAGUAAGACAGUUCUUCCUUGAAAAAUACGGUGAGAAAGUUUUAACAGAAUGGAGGAGUCAAGAGGAUUCACAAAUUUCCGAAGAAGUGUUUAGGAGAUUUUUCUUCAGAAGGAAGGACGAACGUAACGACGAAGUUCUCGAUACCGACGGUAGUCCAUCGACCAAUGGCAACUCGUUCGAAGAUUUAGCCGUCGAGAAAGACGAGUCCUCGAAGAAAAAGGAAUCGUAUAUAGUAUCCUGGGAACCAGAAACUGGAGGUCUCAUCGGUAACCAAGUAACGGAUUCUAACUCGGUUCAAAUCUCCCUUUUUCCUGGCACUAAGUAUCUCGUUAGGAUAGCAUCGAACGAGGGUCCCGGUAGUUUCCCUAUCGAGGUUGAUACCAGGCCAGGUUCCAUCCAAGUCAAACGAGUGAAGAGAAAUUUCCAAGAUUUCUAUCCCUGGGACGUCUACGCUGCCUGUAUCGCCGCCGCGAUCAUAAUCUUUGCUAUCGCCGUCGUAAAGUUUUUAAGAAGGAAGAAGAAGGUGAACGUCGAGGACGUUUAAGUGUAGUAAUUUUGUCAUUGCUCAGGGUUUGAUCGGGCCCAGUUGAUUAUUGUCGCCGACGAGACAAUAACGUACUUGAGAUAUUUAAGUGUCGUGUGUCUUGUCGUUAGCGAACAAGUAGAUCAUACGAUAGACCGCAGUGAACGUACAAAUAUCACACUCAGGAAAUUUAGAAUAGAGAAACGAGAUAUUUUUUUACGUCGCAGAUUAUAAUAGAUAAUGAAUUGAAGCUUGCAACGAACAGACUGUAUAAAAGAGUUCCUAUGACGUAGAGAUCUGGCACUCGUCGUCAGUGCAUCAAGUUGUGUAUUUAUUUGUACAUAAUCAAUAGAAUUAUCGUGUAAAUAAUUUUAGAAAUAUAAAAAUUUGGACUGUAUGUUUAAGAUUCUAACGAUGUAAGAAAUUAUUAUAUGAGAAAUUUG